AUGGGUCGUCGCGACGACCAACAGGAGGCUUACGGUGUGAUUAGCUUCAGGUACCUCGGGGUCGCUACGCCCCGUACUGCGGCCGACGAUUGCCGGGCACAGCCCCUGAGGGGAAACACCUUGAGCUUUAGCAAAUGCUGGCAAAGCAACGAAAUUAUUGGCAUUUCAAAAAAUAACAGCUCUUCACACCGUCUAGUCAUUGUGCAUGCAGGAGGAGAAAAUGGAUUCAUUAAUGGGGCCGAAUUAAUUUAUAAGCCGACUUCAACAGUAGGAGACUAUCACGGGCAAAUGGAUGCGGAGAAAUUUGAAAAGUGGAUAGUGGAAAAAUUAUUACCUAAUAUUCCACAAAGUUCAGUUGUUGUUAUGGAUAACGCUCCAUACCACUCAACCCAGAUAAAUAAGCCACCAACAAAAUCGUCCACCAAAGCUGCUAUGGUGAAGUGGUUAACCGAAAACAACAUAACAUUCUCUUUUACUAUGAGAAAAUUUCAAUUAUUUGAUUUAGUCGAAAAAAGUAAACCUCAGAAAAGUUUCAAAAUUGAUCAAAUUAUGAGGCUACAUGGACAUAACAUUUUGCGCUUACCGCCCUACAACUGCGAUCUAAAUCCUAUUGAAUUGAUAUGGGCUGAAUUAAAAAGAAAAUUGAGAGAAAGAAAUAUUUCAACAUACACAAAAGAUGAAUUAGAGACUUAUACCUCAGAAGCAAUUAGAGGAAUUAGCGUUACUCAUUGGAGCAAUUGCUGUAAGCAUAUCGAAAAAUUAGAAAACGAAUAUUGGGAGAAAGAUGGAUUGUUAGAAGAUAUAAUGGAAUCAAUGGGUCUGAUUACAACAGACGAAGAAACUGAUGCUGAAUCGGAAUGCAGCACAAGUUCAAAUAAUGAAUAA